AUGAAGGCUUCUAUCCUUGCGUCGUUUGGAGCUCUUGCUGCCUGUGCGGCCUCACAAAACGCCUUUGAGCCUUCUGACUUUAACGUUACAGAAGCCCUUAUCGCUAACGGUGUCAACGUCUCCGCUCUCCCCGACCUGGCUGCAUUCAAUGAGAAGCGUUCGCUUUCUAGUCCGUGUACUGCGGCUUGUAGCUCACUAAAGCUCAUAUUCGGAAGCAAGCUCCUCUCUAGCGGAUCAGGUUCCUAUGAUGCGUUCACAAGCGCGUAUUGGUCAUCCCAGGCAGCCUCAGUCGACCCAGCCUGCGUUUUCAGACCUUCUAAAUCGAUCGAAGUAUCGACCAUGAUAUUAGUCUCUCGUCUUACGCAGUGUCCGUUCGCAGUCAAGGGAGGUGGACACACCGCAUUCCCUGGCGCUUCAAGCAUCCAAGAUGGCAUAACUGUUACUUUGGAGGCGAUGAACGAGAUUGCUCUUUCCAGCAACAAGGAGACUGCUUUUAUCGGACCUGGAAAUCGAUGGGGAGCUGUCUAUUCUAAGCUUGGAGAGCAGAACCUUGCUGUCAUCGGUGGACGCGCAUCGGAUGUCGGCCUUGGCCUUGUUCUUGGGGGUGGCAUUGCGCACCAGUCUAGUAUCUAUGGAUACGCUUGUGACAAUGUCGCAUCCUACGAGGUUGUUACUGCGUCAGGCAUCAUUUUGAAAGUCACUCCGACUGCUUUCCCCGAUCUAUACUGGGCUCUUCGCGGAGGAGGCAACAACUUUGGUGUUGUUACUAGAUUCGAGCUGGAGACAAUCCCUCAAGGGCCCAUGUGGGGUGGGACUCGUGUCCAUAUGUCACCUGAUUACCCUGCGCUUAUCGAUGCCUUUGCAUCAAUGGCUGAAAGUGCUACCGAAGAUCCCAAAUCGGCUCAGAUUUUAUCGUUCGCUAUGACAGCCGGCAAUGCAGCCGGACAAAUACAAUUGGAGUACCUCGAACCUGUUGACGAGGCCAAUCCACCGGCUAUCCUCAAGAAGUACCUUGAUAUUCCGUCGAUUCGAGCAAAUACUCUAAACAGAACGUUGGCAAACGACACCGUUAUGCUCACUGAUCAGAUGCCUGGUGGCCACCGCUACGCUUUCUGGGCGGCUACAUACAAGCUCGAUCGCGACUUCAUGGGCUGGCUACAAUCACGCCACCAAAAGGACGUAGGUCCCUUGGCCAACCAGGGUUCUUUGACCUUCCAGGCCUUCACCAUACCGGCUAUGGAACAGAUGAGCAAGAAGGGCGGUAACGCACUCGGUCUCUCUCCCGAUGAUGGCCCGUUGAUGCACACCCUACUCUAUAUGGUCUGGGAUGAUGCGUCUAAAGACAAUCAGCUGAACCAGGCUGCACUGGAUUUCAUGGAAGCUGCCAAGGUUGAGGCGAAGAACCGAGAUGUGUACACCAAAUACAUUUACCUCAACUAUGCUGGACCGUAUCAGAACGUAAUUCCGAGCUAUGGAGACGAGAAACUGGCAAAGCUUAAGUCCAUUGCGAAGAAAUACGACCCGACUGCUGUCUUCCAAAGGUUGCAGCCGGGUGGUUUUAAACUUGAGGGUGCGCCCUAUGGAGAGACUAUCUAG